UCGAGCUCCUCACUCUCACACCUUCAUACAGACCCACCAUCAUGGGAAAGAGGAAAAAGUCAUCGAAGAAGCCUGCGCCGAAUGCUGCGCGUAGGAAGCAGCCUCUGGACACCACCUUUACCUGCCUCUUUUGCCACCACGACAACUCAGUGACAGUCCGUAUGGACAAGAAAGACGGUGUUGCAUACCUCAGCUGCAAAGUCUGCGAUCAGAGAUAUCAGGGCAAGGUCAACCAUCUUACUGAACCCAUCGAUAUAUAUGCGGAAUGGAUGGAUGCUUGCGAUGCUGCCCAAGAUGAAGCACCUCCUCCAAGACCGACAGCUUCGUCCAGCCGCCCCCGAGCACCUCCACAACGAGCAGAAAUCUCGGAUAGUGAUGACGACUAGGACGUUUGCCACUCAGACUACUCCGUGCUCCUGCCUCUCUCACAUCCUGUACAAUGCUGUAUAUACUUAGUAGACCCCACUGUAUCCUUUGUUGCUCGAAAACAAACGCGUAAAUUCGAUCCUGACA